AUGAGCAAGAACUCGAUCAUGAGCGGCAGCUUCAGACAGCCCUACGGCCCACCACCGCCGGCGCAAGGCAUCUCCCGCCUCUGGUCCUGGAUCCCCAGAUCGUGGUCCUGCCGCCUCUUCCUCCUCAUCACCCUGGGCGAGGCCGCCGUCAACAUCUCGAUCGAAGGCGUCCUCCUCGCCCGGUAUCGUCUCCACAAGCAGAUCACCACCGGCACCGCCAGCGUGCUCGAGGGCGCCAAGUCCCAGGCGCUCCCCGUCUUUGUCAUGGUCUUUGCCAUCGCGCACGCCUACCAGAUGCUCCUGGCCAUCGACGCCGUCGUCAACCGCAACACGAUUCUGGUCAUCAGCCUGCUCGUCUUCAACCUGUGCUUCCUCGUUUACUCCGUCAUCCAGAUCCAGGAGAUCCGGGACGUGCUCGGCGACGGAGUGCUCGAAGGCAGCGCGCAGACGGUGCCCGUCCAGAUUCUGACGGGCGCCAUCCCGAUCGUGAUCGGCGUCGCCGAGAUCGCGUUCAUCAUCCUCGGCUGGCAGAUGUGGAAGGAGUUUGGCUGGCAGAUCUACAAGAAGAUUGGCGCCGACCGCGGCCUCAAGCGCGCCUACCUCCACUACCAGAUCUUCCUCGCCCUGCUCAAGUUCGACUUCUUCAUCUUCAUCGCCUUCUGCAUUCAGCUCAUCCUCGUGGUGCAGCAGAUUGGCCUGGCGGAGCGCAUCAUCACGAUGGUCUCGGCGCCCUUUACCCUGAUCAUCCUCUGCUUUGCCAUGUGGUCGGUGCGCCAGGAGCUGCGGUGGGGCAUGUCGCUCUUCACCGUCGGGCUGGCGGGCGCCAUGACCUACUUCAGCUACAAGCUGAUCCGCAUCUGGCAGGGGCGGACGGGCCUCUACCAGGAGGUCUACAAGAGCCUCACGACGUUUUCCGUGCUGGCCAUUCUCAUGAUCCUCGUGACGGUGGCCAUGACGAUACGGUGCACGCGCAACUUUGACCGCGGCCUCAAGAACGCCAUCGGGCGGCACUCGCGGGAAAAGCAGAUGGCGCGACAGCAGGGCCUCAUUGUCGGCUACGACGGCAAGGCGCUGACGCCGCUCGGCGACGGAAGCACCAGCGUGCUGCACCUGCAACCACGGCUCAGCAUCGAUUGA